GUGUCGAUUUCCCCAGAAGCCUCUCUCUCUCUCAAUUUCAAAACCCUCUCUCCCUUUUCUCGCUCCCUCUCUACGUGUACCUCCAUUCUCUCUCUCUUAGGGUUUUCGCCACCGAGGAAAGCUCAAUCUAAUUUCCCGUACGUAUUGUUCACUUCUUCAUCUCCGUUUCUCUGUUUGACUUUGCUAUGGUGUUAAAAUGUUUCUACGCUGCGUAAUUGAAGUGUCGGGGUGAGAAUAUAGUGAGUGAAAAAGUUUAACUUAGCAUUUUGAGUAGACAUGGACCAUUCAGAUCAAAGGCAGCAGCAUCUAGCACACCCGAACCAGCAACAACAGGCAGGUGGUGGCUCGAUGGCAUAUGCCACUCCCCCGUAUCAAACAGCACCCAUGGUGGCUACUGGCACUCCCGCUGGCACGGUUUCCUCUCCCACUAGUUUCACUCCUCAGCAACAGCUCGCCUACCACCAGGCCCAGCAAUUUCUCAGUCAGCAACAGCAGCAGCAGCUUCAAGCGUUCUGGGCUAGUCAGAUGCAAGAGAUUGAUCAAACUACUGAUUUCAAGAACCACAGCCUUCCCCUCGCCCGGAUAAAAAAGAUCAUGAAAGCCGACGAGGAUGUUAGAAUGAUCUCUGCUGAAGCUCCUGUCAUAUUCACAAAAGCGUGCGAAAUGUUCAUCUUGGAACUGACGCUGCGAUCUUGGAUCCACACUGAAGAAAACAAAAGGCGGACUCUGCAGAAGAACGACAUUGCUGCUGCCAUCUCAAGAACUGACGUUUUUGACUUUUUGGUUGAUAUAAUUCCUAGAGAUGAGUUGAAAGAAGAGGGGCUUGGCAUUACCAAGGCUGCCAUUCCGUUAGUUGGAUCAGCUCCGGAUCAGCUCCCGUACUACUAUGUUCCCCCGCAGGCCCCGGUGGGAGCUCCCCCAGGAAUGAUCAUGGGGAAGCCGAUUGAUCAGGCUGCACUCUACGGUGCUCAGCAGCACCAACCUCCACCGCCCUACAUGCAGUGGCCGCAGUCUCAUCCUUCGCAGGAGCAACAGAGUGACUCGUAGGGCGUCGUUUUGAUCUUGGGUUUGUGUUCUAUAAUUAUGUAGGCGUUAUUUUCUUGGUCGUUUUGGCGUGCUGUGCUACUCCCAAACUUAGUAGUGAGAUGAUUUUGAUGUAUGAAGUCUUGCGUUUUGACGUUUAUUCAUUUCAAUGGUUGGGAAUUGGAAACUGUAUUCCACUUAUCUAUGGUAAUUAAAGCUGAUUUCAUCG